AUGUUUUCAAAUCUCCGACAAGAUAUUCACGAAAUUCUAUUCAAACGUCGGCUUCGUGAACUUGAAAAUUUCAGCACAAAAGGAUUUGCUAUUCUUGAACGUGAUAUAACAAUCUGUUUUCUAUUAAUAAUUUUACAUUUUAUAAGUAUUAUUAUACCAGUAGUAACAAUGAUUGUUCAAAGUAUAUUUGUUCAAAAACUUUUAUAUUGGUUAUUUAAUAUAAUAUCACCAAGUAUAAAUGCACAAGUUAUAGUAACAUACAUUUUAGCACGAAAGAGUAAGCUUUGUAGAUUUAUUACUGAUCCAUUCGGUUUAACUGACUUUGGACUGUCACUUUUUAAAGCAAUUGGUAAUGAUACAAUUGGAUGGAAUGUUUGGUUAUUACAAUUUUCGUUUUCAUCUUUAUAUAAAUCAAAUUUUGAUGAAAAUAAAUGUGAUGAUAAUGCUUUAGUUGAACGUCAUCGAAUAUUGAAGCAUCGUAGAAAACCAUUUGAAGAUGAAGAACAUGCUGACCAUUUAACAGUUAAUAAUCUUGUUAAAUAUUAUCCAAUACGUAAAGUUUUAGAUGUUAAUCAUUUAACAUUUGGUGCUCAACGUAGUGAAGCAUUUGGUUUACUUGGCUAUAAUGUAAGCACAGCUUAUAUCGAUGGACAAACUGUUUAUCGUCGACUAAGAUCAACACGUCAUUUAGGUUAUUGUCCACAAGAAAAUUGUAGUAUGGAUGUUCUAACUGUUCAAAAUAGUCUUUAUUUAUUAGCACGUAUACGUGGUGUUGAAGCAUCACGUAUAAACUCUAUUGUUGAAAAUAUGAGUUCAUUAUUUUUACUUGAUUCAUUUUUAAAUAAUGAUAUACAUGAAUUAUGUGAUGGACCUCCACUAGUUGUUAUUCUUGAUAAACCAACAGCCGAUGUCGAUCGAAAUGCUCGACAACAAAUGCAAAAAAUAUUUUUUCAUCAAAUGAAUCAAAAUAUUCUUUCUGUUUUUCUGAAUUCUAGUGAACGUAUUUGUAAUCGUCUUGGCAUGAUGGUUAAUGGUUAUACAGUUGAAAUAAAAAUUCGUUCAAGUAUCGAUGAUAUAAAUCCAACAACCAUACGAAAUGUUCAAUCAUUUUUAUUAUCUCAAAAACAAUAUCAUGUUGAAGUUAAAGAGACAACACAUUCAACUGGUUUAUUUCAAAUUGAACAUAGUACACCAGCUGAAUUGUUUCAAUUACUUGAAGAAAAUAAGCAAAGAUUAAAUAUUGAAACAUACAUUAUAUCACAAACAACACUUGAACAGAUAUUUUUAUUAUUUGGAAAACAAAUUCGUGCGACUACUCUGUAA